AUGGUUACGCAGGUUUAUCAUCCCAAUAUUGAUUUGGAAGGAAAUGUCUUCCUUAACAUUCUUCGGGAAGACUGGAAACCUGUCCUUAACAUAAGCACUAUAAUUUAUGGCUUGUAUCAUCUGUUCAUGGAACCCAAUCAUGAGGAUCCUCUCAAUCCUGAUGCUGCUGCUAUGUUGAGGGAUAACCAAAAAGUGUUCGAGUCGAAUGUGAGAAGGGCAAUGGUUGGCGGGUAUGAGGGACAAAGCUUCUUCCCUCGAUGCUUAUAUAGUCUGAAGGCAGCAUCGAGUCUGAUGCACAUCACUGAUGAGGGUAAAGAGCAAGUGCACAUGGUGGAGAUGAUUAAGGACAAAGGUCCAAUGUGGGAUGAGAUUGUGAGAGAUAACAAAUUGGUGCCAACCAAAAUGGAGGAGGUUGGAGGUUGGUGGUUUGCGAACAUUGCUUUUCCUUCUCUUUCAUUUUCCAUAAAUUAG